AUGGUUUCUCUCACUCCGGAGCAAAUUGCCUCUUAUCACGAGAACGGCUACCUACUGCUUCGGGUUCACGAACAUCGCCUUGUUGAACCAGCAGCUCUGAAACAAUGGGCGGAAGAAGUCAAAUCCUGGCCUCAAGAGAAAGGGAAGUGGAUGCCGUACGAUGAAAUCAACAUCAACGGCGAACGUCAGCUCAUGCGAACGGAGAAAUUCAUCGACUACCACCCGCAAUUCAAGGCACUCGUCUGCGGAGAACAGCUCGCGGCGAUUCUCAAGGCAGUAUCUGGUGAUGAUAUGCUUCUUUUCAAAGAUAAAAUCAACUACAAGCAGCCGAAUGGUAACGGAUUCAAGGCGCAUCUGGAUGCUCCUGCUUAUGACCAUAUUGGUCGGAUUGAGCAUGUUACUGCCAAUGUGGCUAUUGAUCCCGCCACUCCGGAGAAUGGGUGUCUGCAAGUGGUACCAGGAUCUCACCGCAUGCAGGUGGAAUUUGAGACUGGAGGUCGUAUUAAACCAGAGUGGGAGAAUGCACACGAAUGGACCUCGAUCCCGCUGGAGGCCGGCGAUAUGUUGAUUUUUGGAUCGCAUCUUGCUCAUCGCUCAGCUGAAAACAAGACGGAAAAGAGUCGCUCCAGUCUCUAUGCGACAUUUCACGGGAAAAAGGAUGGCCUGGAUUUGAGGGAAAGGUACUACAAGCACCGCAUGGAAUUUUUCCCUCCAGAAUAUGCUCGUGAAGAGGGGAAGGACUACUCACAGGGCUAUAAGACCUACGGCUUUGCCGCUCCCUUUACAAACAUUGAGGGUACGACCUCUGCAGCCCCUGCUGUGGCGAGUCAGUCAUGA